AUGGCUGAGUGUCACUCCACGUCGACUCCUGUUGACAUUCACGCCAAAAUCUCCGAAACCGAUGGUGCUCCGGUCGCCGACCCCUCCAUGUACAGGAGCAUCGCUGGUGCUCUCCAGUACAUCACGCUGACCCGCCCUGAUCUGGCAUACGCGGUUCAGCAGGUGUGCCUCUUCAUGCAUGACCCGCGCGAGCCCCAUCUGGCCUUGCUCAAGCGGAUCUUGCGCUAUUUGAAGGGCACCCUUUCCUCCGGUCUUCACCUGGGCGUCGGCCCUGUUCAGUCUCUCACCGCAUACUCGGAUGCGGAUUGGGCGGGCUGCCCUGACUCUCGGCGCUCCACUUCGGGCUACUGCGUCUACCUCGGUGACAAUCUCAUCUCUUGGUCCUCCAAGCGACAGACCACGGUCUCUCGGUCCAGCGCGGAGGCUGAAUACCGGGCCGUGGCCCACGCCGUUGCUGAAUGUUGCUGGUUGCGGCAGCUCCUUGAGGAACUUCAUGUCUCGAUUUCUUCUGCGACGGUCGUCUACUGUGACAACGUCAGUGCUGUCUACAUGGCCGCCAAUCCCGUUCAUCAUCGCCGCACCAAGCAUAUCGAGAUCGACAUUCACUUCGUCCGCGAGAAGGUUGCCUUGGGACAAGUGCGCGUGCUUCAUGUCCCGUCUUCCCACCAAUUCGCGGAUAUCAUGACCAAAGGCUUGCCUGUACAGCUCUUCAACGAGUUUAAGUCCAGUCUUUGCGUCCGAGACUCUCCCACUGCGACUGCGGGCGGGUGUUAG